ACUUGGUCAUUCUCACAUGCCUUGCUGUCCGAAUGAUUUGUCAGCAACAAGUCGUUAUGCAGCUUAUACUUCCGGUUAAAGUGAAAGUAGAGAUUAUUCAAAAUGUCAAAAGCUGACAACAGUCUGAACAGAUGUGUAUUUUGUAGAAUUGCAAAUUUACAAGACCCUAACACAACUAUUUUGUUCCAGGAUGAGGAGUUUGUUGCAUUCCGUGACAGGAGCCCUGCAGCAGAUCAUCAUUACCUCAUAAUAACCAAACAACAUAUAAAGAACCCCAAAGAACUGAAAGCAGGGGACCUAGAAAUGGUUGAACGACUAAUUGCCACUGGGGAGAAGGUGUUGGAGAAUGCUGGUGGGAAAUGUGAAGAGGCCAGGUUUGGAUUUCACUGGCCACCUUUUACAUCCAUAAAUCACCUGCAUUUACACGUGAUGGCCCCUGUAUUGUCCAUGACCUUUCUAUCAAGACUAAUAUACCGUGAAAAUUCCUACUGGUUUGUGACAACUAAUUGGAUGAGAAAUCGGUUAAAAACAAUGAAGAACGAAUCGGGUGAAAGGGUGAAGGAGCAGUCAAACUUAUAGAAGGCGUAAUUGUGCAGAACAUUAAUCAAGGCCUCAGGAAUUCGAUAGAUCCCCAGUGACCUUCAGAAAGUGUCAAACUUUAUACCAAAUUUAAUUAGUUUCUAACACGACUGAAAUGUUAAUGAUAUUACCUAAAACUUACGUGAUUAUGAACAAUAAGAAGAUAAUAUGUAUAUGGUAUUUGGUCUUUAAGUAUAGUAGCUGUGCUGCUGAAGAUUGUUUUUUGAUAACAUCAGGAAUGAUAAGUAUAUAUUGUACUUGAAAUUGCUUACAUUUUAUGUUGAUUUUUUUAAAUUUGUACACUGAAAUAUAGUACAUGUCGAUGUACUUGACUAUUUAUGUUAAUAAAUAAAUGAAACAAAAAUAA